CAUACACACACACACACACACACACACACGAGACGCGCGCGCGCGGCGGGAGCGCCAGCCCUUGCACUAGCGAUCAUCGGAGCCAAGAGGGGGCUGAGAGUCUCCCCGCGGGAUCGGCAGGGCUGUAGCUGCUUUGGGGCCAGGUGGAAGCAGGGCAGAGGCUCCGAGGGGCUGGCCGGCCGGAUGAAGCACAUGUGACGAGGGGAGGGAGCGUUGCCUUGCAUGCCAGUGGUCUCUCUGUGCCGGGGGGUCGUGAAUAGCUGCGGAGCCGGCGGCGUGCAGUUGGGGUCGGCUGGAUUGCUCCGUUGCAACCCCUGCAGGAGCAGGAGGGAACUGGAGAUAAUGAGAGGAUUCCAGCUCCUUACUGAGACCGGGAUACUAUUCUGGUGACAGAUGGAUCUCUUGCUCGCUCGCUCUCUAGCUCUCUAUAUUUUUGUUUUCAAGAUGUUUGAUCUGAAGUUCUGAAGCAUCUCGGAGGGGACCCAGGCGAGGGGGAGGAGGAGCACCCUCCAGAGCCCAGCGACAGAAGAGGCAGCUCCUCCGGGUCACCUUUGUGGUGGUGGGGGAAGGUGGGGAGGGUGUGUGUGUGUGGGUGUUGUUCCUGAGCCUCCAAGAAGAUCUGUUGUUUAAUUUUUGUUUUGUUUUAAAGAGAAGCACAGAUUUCCACUCUCCCCUGCCCCUUUCCUGGAUUGGGAGCAGCAGGAAGGAGUGGAUUUUGCCCCCUGCUGUUCUACACCCCGGGGUUGGCGCAGAGGGAAAGAAAAAUGUCGGUGAUGGCACUGGAUAGAACUGAGGUGACUGUGCCCUCCUGCCGCUAACCAGCAAGAGAGCGUCGCCUCUUGUCCCCUCCCUUUGCUCUUCGGAGGCUUGUUUUCUUUUUUGCCUGUGGGGGAGGGGGAGGGGGGCGCCGCAUCCGAACAUGCUGCUCCUAGGCUUGUGGGCGGCCGCCCUGCUCUGUGUGUUGUCCCCCGGCACGGUGCGCAGCGACUGCUGGCUGAUCGAGGGGGACAAGGGUUACGUGUGGCUGGCCAUCUGCAGCCAGAACCAGCCUCCCUACGAGACCAUCCCCCAGCACAUCAACAGCACAGUGCACGAUCUGCGCCUGAAUGAAAACAAGCUCAAGGUGGUGCUGUACUCCUCCCUCAACCGCUUCAGCAACCUUACCGACCUGAACCUGACCAAGAAUGAGAUCUCCUACAUUGAGGACGGGGCCUUCAUGGGCCAGGCCAACUUGCAGGUCCUGCAGCUGGGCUACAACAAGCUCACCAACCUGACAGAGGGCAUGCUGCGCGGCAUGGCCAGGCUGCAGUUCCUCUUCGUGCAGCACAACCUGAUUGAGGUGGUUACACCCACCGCUUUCUCCGAGUGCCCCAGCCUGAUCAGCAUCGACCUGUCCUCCAACCGGCUCAGCAGGCUGGAGGGGAACACCUUCACCAGCCUGAGCAACCUGAUGGUGUGCGAGCUAGCUGGCAACCCCUUCAACUGUGACUGCAGCCUCUACAGCUUCCUUACCUGGCUGGUGGUCUUCAACAACGUCACCAAGAACUACGACCGGCUGCAGUGUGAGACCCCCCGGGAGUUCGCCGGCUACCCUCUCCUAAUGCCUCGACCCCACCACAACCGCAACGCCAUCACCAUCUUCCAGUCCAUGUGCCGGGGAGGCACCAUCCCAUCCCUCUCAAGGAUCAACCCCACCCCCUACACGCCUGACUCCCAGAGAGACCUGGAUGAGAACUCGGGGUUCAACCCCGGGGACUUCCUCUCCGUCGAGCCCCCGGCCUCCUCCACCACCGACUCCUCAUUCAACCCCAGCAUCAAGCUGCACCACGUGACCAUCACCUCAGCCACCUUGGUGGUGACAAUCCCUUCACCCUUCAGCAAGAUGUACGUGCUGGUCCAGUACAACAACAGCUACGUCUCUGAUGUCACGACCUUGAAGAACAAAAAGGAGUAUGUCACUCUUAGCAAGCUGAAGGCCCACACAGACUACACCUUCUGUGUGGCCUCCAUCCGCAACUCCAAGCGCUACAACCACACCUGCCUGUCCUUUGCCACCAGGAGCAAGGGGAGGGAGGACCCAGUGCCCAAUACCUCCACCACCACUCACUACAUUAUGACCAUCCUGGGCUGCCUCUUUGGGAUGGUCAUCGUCCUGGGGGUGGUGUACUACUGUCUGAGGAAGCGAAGGAUGCAAGAAGAGAAGCAGAAAUCCCUCAAUGUUAAGAAGACCAUCCUGGAGAUGCGCUACGGCUCGGAUAUAGACACCAGCUCCAUCGUCCACUCUUCGCAGAAGCUGGGCGAGCCGCCCGUCAUCCCUGUCUCGCGGAUGUCCUCCAUCCCUUCCAUGAUCGGGGAGAAGCUGCCCCCGUCCAAGUCAAUGGAGGCUGGGAUGGAGACCCCCAAAGUUACUACAAAGGGCAACUACAUUGAGGUGCGGACGGGUGGCGGGGAUGCCCUGGAGAGAGCCCAGCGGGACGACGAUCUGCGUGAGCUUGACAACGGCCAAGGCUCAGCAGCUGAGAUCUCCACCAUCGCCAAGGAGGUAGACAAGGUCAACCAGAUCAUCAACAACUGCAUUGAUGCCCUCAAGUUGGAUACAGCCUCCUUCCUGGGAGGAGGGAGCGGCGUUGACUCGGAAAUGGCGUUUGAGUGCCAGUCCAUCCCCGCCGGCUCCUCGGGUGGUCUGGAGCGGCCUGGCUUCCUGUCACCACCCUACAAGGAGAGCUCCCACCACCCCCUGCAGCGCCAGCUGAGCGCGGAUGCGGCUGUGGCCAGGAAGACCUGCAGCGUCUCAUCCAGCGGCUCCAUCAAGAGUGCCAAGGUCUUCAGCCUUGACGUGCCAGACCACCCGCCAAUGAGUAAGUCGGAUUCCAAGUAUAUCGAGAAAGGCAGCCCACUCAACAGCCCCCUGGAUCGUCUUCCCCUGGUGUCCCCGGGCGCCAUCCACCACCUAGAGGUCAAACCUUCUUACCAUUGCAGCGAGCACCGACAUUCCUUCCCGGCCCUGUACUACGAGGAGAGCGCCGACACCCUGAGCCAGCGGGUGUCGUUCCUUAAGCCGCUCUCCCGCUCCAAGCGGGACUCCACAUACUCCCAGCUCUCCCCCAGACACUACUUCUCGGGCUACUCCUCCAGCCCUGAGUACUCAUCUGAGAGCACCCACAAGAUCUGGGAGCGCUUCCGGCCUUACAAGAAGCACCACCGGGAGGAGGUUUACAUGGCGGCUGGCCACGCCCUGCGGAAGAAAGUCCAGUUUGCCAAGGACGAGGAUCUGCACGACAUCCUGGAUUACUGGAAAGGCGUCUCCGCUCAGCAGAAGUUGUGACUUCUCUUUAAAAGGAAAGAAAAGAACCCAACAGCCACCAACAAAAGAACCAGUUGACUGUGAACAAAAACUGAACAGGCUCCUCCCUCAUGACAAAAACGAACCAAGAACCAUUUCUUACAAAGUUUACAAAAAAGAAAGAAAGAAAGAAAGAAAGAAAGA